AUGGGCUGCAUACACCCUAAAGAAAGAAGAUUUCCAGGACAACAAAAUCCAAUAAUUCUUGCAUCAGAAACAGCUUUUAGUGUUAGUGAUGUUGAAGCAUUAUUUGAGCUUUUUAAGAGUAUAAGUGGGUCAGUCGUUGAUGAUGGACUAAUAAGCAAGGAAGAAUUUCAACUCGCAAUUUUCAAUAAUAAAUCAAAGGAAAAUCUCUUCACUAGUCGGAUCUUUGAUCUAUUUGAUGUGAAGAGGAAAGGAGUAAUUGACUUUAGUGACUUUGUGAGAGCACUCAAUGUCUUCCAUCCAAAUGCCCCACAAGAAGUCAAGAUAGAUUUUUCAUUUAGGCUCUAUGAUUUGGAUAAUACAGGUUAUAUAGAGCGCGAUGAGGUCAAGCAAAUGAUAAAUGCACUUCUAUGUGAGUCUGAAAUUAAAUUGAGUGAUGACAUGAUAGAAACAAUUCUUCAGAAGACUUUUUUGGAUGCUGACCCAAACCAAGAUGGAAAAAUAGACAAAUCCGAGUGGCAUAACUUUGUUUCUCAAAAUCCGUCACUGCUAAAAAUCAUGACACUGCCCUAUCUAAGGGACAUAACAACAAGUUUCCCGAGUUUCGUAUUUAACUCAAAUCUGGAUGAUGAUAUUGUUACUUAA